AUGACUAUGUACGGUUGGAAGCUGACCAACAAGUUGAAGUUUGGCAGGUCUAAAGAGGAGAAGGAUAAAGACCGGGAGAAAGAAAGGGAUAGCAGACACAAUAGUGGAUCCAAACAUGGGGUCUUCGGGCACUUGAGCAAGAGGCUCUCAGGCACGGAGGAACAAGUGCGGGGCCGGACUGAGGAGGCAAAUACGGGGGCGGGUACACCUCGUACGUCGAAGGACCGCAAGGAAACGAUCGUCGCGACCCCCAACUCGAUCGCACCGGUGCGUCUGUCGACGGACGUAGCGGCGCCUGGGUGGCCGAACGGCGAGGUGCAGUCGUCGGUGCCUUCGAGCUUCCGCGACGCGGGCUCCGAGACAACGGAUGUGGGCGAUGAAGAGCGCGCGGGCACCUCGUCUGGAAGCGUGGUGCCUGAGCAGGCGAACCACUCGUCCGCGAGCGUGUCUGAGGAGCGGGGCGAGGCCUCAAUGGUUAAUUCCACUGGAAUCAUGACGAUCAAAGUGUACAACGGGAACUCCUUCAAGCUUCCGUUCGCGCUUACGUCCAACCCUCAGAUCCUAGGCAAGUUGCUAUCGUCCGGCGUCAACGCCAUAAGCAGGACUGGGCGCAGCUCUGUCGACGAGCUGAUCUCUUCCGUGGAGCAGGUGACGCUAAGUGAAGACGAGGACAAGCUGUUGCCGGGCGACGCUGCCACCAAUUAUAUUCCGGCCACCAUCAAGCUUCCAGACUCUGAAGAUCUCAACCCUCUCAUCUACCUCACGAUCGAGUUUGACAACACGGUUGCGACCAUUGAGCCUGAAUGCGGUAAUCUAAAGUCGCCCGUGUUCAACAAGAUAUCGACCUUUGACGUCACGCGUAAGCUUCCAUACCUUAAAGUGAAUGUUUUUGUCCGGAUACCAUCGAUCCUGCUUCCGUCGAAAGCAUGGCAACAGGUAUACGCGGCGCAAGACCCGGAGUUGCAAGACCUAUUGAAGAAGGUCAACAGCAAUAUGGAUGUGCAGCUCGAUUCCUUCCAGUUGCCUUUGAAUCUGCAGUUUAACUCUGCAACAAGCAUUCGCCUAUACAACCACCAGUGGCUCAAUAUGGAAAAAGGCCUGGGGAGGGUCAAUAUUACGAUAGAUUAUAAACCUUCAAAAAACAAGCCACUAAGCAUUGACGAUUUCGACUUGCUAAAAGUCAUUGGGAAGGGUUCAUUUGGAAAAGUCAUGCAAGUGAAAAAGAAGGAUACCAACAAAAUAUAUGCCUUGAAGGCUAUUCGGAAGUCUUAUAUUGUUUCUAAAUCAGAAGUGACCCAUACACUAGCUGAACGCACUGUGCUCGCGCGGGUCGAUAAUCCAUUCAUUGUGCCCCUAAAAUUCUCUUUUCAAUCGCCUGAAAAGUUGUACCUUGUGUUGGCAUUCAUCAAUGGUGGCGAGUUGUUUUUCCACCUACAAAAAGAGGGCAGAUUCGACCUUUCAAGAGCCAGGUUCUAUACUGCAGAGUUGUUGUGUGCACUCGAAACCUUGCACAGUCUAAAUGUCAUAUAUCGAGACUUGAAGCCGGAGAAUAUCCUUCUAGAUUACCAAGGACACAUUGCAUUGUGUGACUUUGGGUUGUGCAAGUUGAAUAUGAAGGAUCAGGACAAAACCAACACCUUCUGUGGGACCCCAGAAUAUCUUGCUCCAGAACUCCUUCUGGGACAGGGAUACUCAAAAGUCGUGGAUUGGUGGACGCUAGGUGUAUUACUCUAUGAAAUGCUCACGGGUCUGCCACCGUACUACGACGAGGAUGUGCCAAAGAUGUACAAGAAGAUUCUGCAAGAGCCUCUUCGCUUCCCCGACGGCUUCGAUAGGGAAGCGAAAAAUCUAUUGAUAGAGUUGUUAUGUCGUGAUCCAAAGCGGCGGCUCGGUUAUAAUGGUGCAGACGAAAUCAAACGCCACCCAUUUUUUAGUCAAUUGAGCUGGAAGCGCCUAUGGAUGAAGGGCUAUAUCCCCCCAUAUAAACCGCCCGUCAUGAGCGCGUUGGAUACGAGCAAUUUCGACCAGGAAUUCACGCGAGAGAAACCCGUGGACAGUGUCGUAAACGACUUUUUGAGCGAAUCGGUACAGCAGCAAUUUGGUGGCUGGACAUAUGUUGGGUCAGAGCAGCUUGGAAGCUCCAUUAUCCCCGGGAAGAAUAUAAGAUAA